CCGCUACUUUUUUUUUUUUUUUUUUGCUUCACCUGCCGCCAUGGUGUUAGGAGGAAAGCCCACCUCCACUGCAACCCAAUGAACCUCUGCAAGCUUAUCGCCACUCGUCGCCCCGGCUCACUGUUCGCCUUCCUACUCACUCAGUAGUGGUACGGUUUCCUCCGGUCCGUCCCGAUCCCGAAAAAAUAUCCGGUUCGCCGCCGUCCCCGACGUCAUCCCCUCUGAGACCGGCCGAGCGGGAGACUUCGCGGACUUGUUCAGAGACACCCAGACAGAUCUGGAAGCAAUCGGUCGGUCUCUAGGAACCCAAUUCUUAUUUCUUCCUCGCUAACUGUUCUGAAAUUGAUUUCAGCAAUCAUGUGAUUUCAAAGUAUUGGGAAUUUUGCAGCAUCAAUGAAGUCCAGCAGUGAAAUGAUCAUCUUCAUUUGCUCUCUGCUGAAUGGCUGAAGGAAGGAAGGUGACAACAGGUGGCCUUAUGGUCUGAUGAUCAUCAACGCGAUUCAUAGCUUGUGGCGCUACAGCAGCAGAAGAGGGCGAGGCAUAAUAGUCAUUCACAUUCCUAUUAUUAAUCUGCAGCCCCCUUAUGAUCCAAUCAUGGAGUGGAAGAUUAGUCUGCACCACACAAGCAGAAGAGGAUGAGGCAUUAUAAUCAUUCGUGUUCCUGUCAAUCCCUGGCCCCUCUAUGGUCCAAUCAUAGAGAGGAAGAUAACGCUGCACAGCAGGAGCAAAAGAGGGUGAGGCAUCAAAAUCAUUUGUAUUCCCAUUAUCAAUCCGCGACCUCCUUAUGAUUCGGUCAUGGAGAGGGACAUUAUGCUGCACCAUAGGAGGAGAAGUGGUGGUGGUGGAAGGGGACGGAGCUGUUCUAUGGUGUGGGCAAAGGUACAGAACCUUUUCAUGCACUUUAACCCAUCGCAGCAGUAUUGGGUCCGGAACACGUCCGGAUGAUACCCAACCUCCAAAUCUCCAUGAGCGAAUGUGCAAGCAUCUGCCCGCGGGCACCUCCCCUUGCGCCCGUGAUAGUCGCGACAGCGAAUGGGCUUGUAGUGGAUUAAUGUGUAUGAAUUCAAAGAAUCAACAGAGAUUACAGAUAGCCUCGAAAGUACAAAUCUUUAUCAGGAAGUCUCAUCUGGAAAUCAAGAAAGUGCGAGACUUGCAAGCCUAGCGUGUAAAUUACAGGAUUACAUGAACUUUCAAUCCAAAGGGAUCUUUUUGGUUUCUCCCGAAGAAUGCAUAAAGAAAUGAAGAUACGGGGGAAUGGAUACCUGAACUGGAUGGAAUGGUUGGCUAUGAACGACCCAGUGAAAGGAAAUUCCAGUUGCCUAUAAGUUCAAAGAAAGUACAGAUUUUGAACAAGAAAGUACAGAUUUUGAACAAGAAAUCUCGUCUGGAAAUCAAGAAAGUGUGAAUCCUGCAAACUUGGCGUUUGAUUUACUGGAAAUAUCUCUAAGGGUUCUUUUCUUGUGGAAGAAUGCAUAGAGAUAUGAAGAGAGAGGGGAAAAUGGAUACCUGAAAUGUAACAGAGCAGAGAAGAAAAAGAUGAAGAAGGCGAUGAAGAAGAUGACUGCAAGGAAGCAAUAACGGAAAUUCCCUCCCUCUCUGUUUAGUGUUUACUGCAUAUUUUAAAGAGAUUUGAAAGGCACGCGCUCGCGAGUAAAUUGUUACCGCAGCUAUACUACUCCUCCCCUCUAAAACUGAAUUAUAGUUAGAAUUAAGAAUUAUACUCCAU